AUGACAACAAAUCCAAGAGUUGCAAAAGCAUUUCGUGCAAUGAGAAAUUUGGGUAUUAAUGAAGAGAAAACGAUGCCAGUAUUGAAAAAACUUUUGAAACUUUACGAUAAAAAUUGGCAACUUAUUGAAGAAGACAAUUAUAGAACACUCGCAGAUGCUAUAUUUGACCAAGAUGAAAUACAGCAACUACAUCUGAACAAUUUCAUGUUUGAUUUCAUAUUUCUUAUAUUUGAUCUAUCAAAUAUAUUGCAAAAUGUAGAGAUAGAAAAUGACAUUGCAAAUGGACAAGAGAAGGUUGUAAUUACACUAGUAAAUGAAGUUAACGAUGAAUGUCCACCAUCUUUUCGUUAUAUUUCGAAAAAUGUGGUAUUUCAUAAGGCUUAUGUCAAUUUUUCAAUGGCCCGAAUUGGCGAUGAUAAUAAUAGUUGUGCAAAUUGCCAUGGUAAUUGUCUAUCAUCCUAUCCACCUUGUGCAUGUGCCCAUGAGACUCGAGGUGAUUUUGCAUAUACUCUAGAUGGUUUUGUAAAGGAGGAAUUUAUAGACGAGUGUAUCUCUAUGAACCGCUAUCCAGAAAAGCACAACCAAUUCUAUUGUAAGGGGGAUUGUCCGCUUGAACGAUUGAAGAUUGAUGACAACUUUAAAGAUUGUCAAUGUAAAGGUCACUUAGUAAGAAAAUUCAUCAAGGAAUGUUGGUGGAAAUGCGGAUGUAAUAAACAAUGUGGGAAUCGAGUCGUGCAACGUGGCAUAAAUAUAAACUUACAAGUUUUUAUGACAUCUGAAAUUGGUAAAGGAUGGGGUCUUCGAACCUUGCAAUACCUUCCAAAGGGUGCUUUUGUUUGUGAAUAUAUUGGUGAGAUAUUAACAAACCAAGAGUUAUAUGAGCGAGGGUCGGUCAAGCGAGACGAUGAAGUACAUACAUACCCUGUUCUACUUGAUGCUGAUUGGGGAGUGGAAGGUGUCUUAAAAGACGAAGAAGCUCUAUGCUUGGAUGCUACUUACUAUGGUAACGUUGCAAGGUUUAUUAAUCAUAGGUGUUUUGAUUGCAAUUUGGUUGCAAUACCUGUAGAAGUGGAGACUCCCGAUCAUCAUUAUUAUCAUCUUGCAUUUUUUACAUCAAGAGAAAUGAAAGCAAUGGAAGAAUUUAAUUGGGAUUAUGGGAUUGACUUUGAUGAUCAUGAACAUCCAAUCAAAGCCUUUAGUUGUAGUUGUGGCAGCAAAUUCUGUAGGAAUAGUAAACAUAACAACAGAAAAUCUUCUAGAUCAAGAUCAGGAUCUAAAUCUAAGAGAUGA